UUACGCAUUCACCUUCGCUGCAGCAAGAGGAGAUCGUCGUUCCGUCGUCCUCGUCGUCGUCCAUUAGUCCGCGGACAUUGCGUGAGAAAAAAAGGGGGCCGUCUCGUCUGUGUGGUGUUUAGGUGGAGAAAUUAUUUCACAAUAGCAGCGUUAAGAAGCGCUGAUUAUUGUUCUCGCUAUUGUUUAGUUGAAAGGAAGAGUCUGUGCUUGAAGAGUCAAAGAAGAAGGAAGAUUACACGUCGCGAUUACGGGAGUUCCAGAAAAUUACGGGAGUUUUCUUUCGCGUUUUUUGUUGUUGGUUUGGUCUGGUUGUUUGCUGGUGGUGUGGUAGGGUGAAAAAAUUAAUUGUGCUGCGCAGACGAGAUCGCGAAGAAAUAAAACGAAGGAAAAUCGAUUUCCUCCUCCUAUUGUGUGUUUGCUCAAGCUCUUCAACAAAAGCAGCGUUCGUCAUCGUGUAAGCAGCCGCCUUUUGAGGUCGUCUCGGCAAGGUCUUCUUGCCUGUGUCCCAAAAGGGGAGAGCAGGUUCGCGUGCCCUGGCAGGGAAUGUCAUCGGGGUCAUAAAAAAGAGCCAAAAAGUGCUGCGCCGAAAGUUUGGCCAAUAAAACGACGUCAAGUGUGCUUUGAUUGUGUUUGUGUGUGUCUGCGGUUUUACGGGUUGUCCGUUCCGUGGCCGCCCUGAAUACCGCCAACUCCGAGAAACGACCAAAAAGCAAAAUAAACAACAUAAAUCUUGCCGCCGUGUCGUGGUUUUAUGUUUCGCAACUCGAGGAAGAGACGCAAGAAGAGAAAAUCCGGAGUGGCCGCACGCGAGAGUCUGAGAGUCCGCUAAACUAGAUCAGUAGAGUGAAAAAAAAGAGGCGAUGGCCCUCUCGUCGGAUCCGUACGAGCAGCGAUUGUUCCAGAUGUUCCAGGCGCACGACGUCGAUUCGUGCGGCCGGUUGGACCGGGAAGCGCUGGUCAAGCUGUGCCACACGCUGGAGCUGAAGGAGCGUGGCCACCUGCUGGUGCGGUGCUUGCUGGGCGAGAACAGCAAGAAUCAGCAGCAACAGAAGCAGCAGCGGAUCACGUUCAAGGAGUUUCGCGAAGGAUUGUUGCACAUUCUGGGCGGCGAGGAGCAGCAGAGGGGUGGAGAGGGGCUGCCAGAUUCCAGCGAUGGUCAGCAACAAAUCGUGUCAACAGGUUCACCCACAAGCAGCAGCAGGGGUGGCACCUCUUCAGCGUCGUCCAUAAGCUCACCACACACAACGAAGCAUCUUCAUCUACCUUCACAUCACAGCUACCAACAGCAGAAGCAGCAGCAGCAUCAUCACCAUCGCAAGUCAGAGUCAAAGAAGUUGGAACCUGUGACCGAGUCGGUCGUCGUGAACGUCGUCAGCAGCAACUGCAGCAGCAUAGUGCCAUCGGGAGAGGACGAGCUCGGAACGUCGUCGUCCACGCCGGUGACGACCACGCCCAGCAAGCUGAUCAUCAACACGACCGACAACGACAACGAAGAGUCGUCCGAUCGGGAAGUUUCGCCCAAGUUUGUGGUGGGGACGAAAAAGUACGGCCGACGGUCGCGACCUCGCCAGGACUGCAACGGCUUCGACACGUCGUCGGACUUUAGCAACUCGGACAACGAAUCGGUACCGUUGCCAGGGGACGCCCCACAAGAACCAACCGAAGAAGCCUCCUCCACGACAGCUGGUGGCAAAAGUUCUUCCAAAGUGCAGCGUUCCGCAUCGCAGAGCGACAUUCACGGCUCGAAGCGGCGCCGCCCGCCGAUGGGCGGAAGUAGGCUCAAGCGUUGCGCCUCACUUCCGACGCACCGCCAACGGCCGGCAGAUUUCAAGAGUCGAAUCGCGCGCGACCAGCUCAACAUGGAGCACGACAAGAUCGACAAGAAAAUCUACUUCAUGAAGCUGUCGGAGAACCUGCGUGAAAUUUGGGACUCCCUCGUCGGCAACGGCCACGGUGACCUGCUCAACCAAACCCAACUCGAGGUCGUGUGCGAACGGGUCGGCCUGCAGAAACUCCCGGCGCGACUCGCCGCCCAAGAAGUAUUCCUCAAACUCAACCUCCAACCCAUCGAGGGCAUCAGCUUCGAUGAGUUCAUCUCGUUGCUGCAAAGCGAUUCGGACAUUCUCCCCAUCAACAACACCCCCCACCCCGACAAGGACAGCCUAGCAGUGUUCGACGAAAGUGACAACUUCAAGGUCGUCGUCGGCGCGGGCGGUGGUGGUGGAGCGGACCAGGAGCUAGACCGCGACAGUGUCGAAGAAACGGUCGGAUUUACGAUGCGAAUGCCGGCGGAUUGGUCGGCGGCGGCGGCCGACAUCGGUUCCCUCGCGGCGUCCAUCAUCGCGGACAUGUGGGAGUCGGCGGGCAUUGCGGAACCACGCCAGCUGCUGCACGAGAUGGGAUUCUACGGGGAGGAGUUGCAGGUGGCGGAUCUCGUUGCGGCGCUCGAUGACGAGCAGCAGCGGUUGGGCGAUGGCAGUGAUACGUCGGUUGUUAUGAGGGCCUCCCUCGCGCUCCACAAGGCCGAAGUGGCCGCCCUGCGGCAAGCCUUCGUCCAGCUGGUCGAGGAAAACAAGAAGCUCUACUCCGACAACAAGGAGGUCAACCACCGGGCCACGCUGCUAGCCCAGGAAGUGGACGAACGACACAACUCGCUGGAGAACUCGACGCGGGCCAAGAUUCGUCUGCUGGAGCAACGCCACCACGAAACGGUCAAGGAGCUAACCUCGCAGCUGGCUUACGAGCGCGAACAGUUGUCGUGUUCUAACGCGGUUCUGGAAAAGCGCAUCCAAGCGCUGGAGGCAGAAGAUGGCAAGUCCAAGUCGGAGAUGGGUCGACUGUCGGAGGAAAACGAUGGGCUGCGAACGGAGCAGGAAAAUCUGGUGAAGGAACUGACUGAGCUGCUGGAGAAGAACAUCAAGCUGAACAAGGACAUUGCCGAGCUGGAGGAGAACAACCGAAAUGAUCUGGAUGACGGGUUCGAUCGCAAGGACGACCUGGAGGUGCUGGAGUUGAUUGAGAAGAUUUCGAUUCUGCAGGACGAAAACACCCAGCUGAGGGAUAAGAACGACGAGUUUACGGCGGAAAUCGAAUCGUUGAAUCUAGAGCUGGCCAAGUUUAAGCUGAAGCGAAGUGGCAUCAGCCGGACCAGCUCGCUGGAAGCUUCACCGGGGGUGGCGUCGGCGGACGUUGGCGCGGGUGAGGAGAGCUCGAGUGCCGCCAGGAAGCGACAGGGCGAUUCACCGAGCAAGGCGCGCCUUUCGGACGAGAGUCCACGGUUGGGCAAGUUCCGCAAGUGUAGCAACGAGCUGAUGGAGAACGAGUCGGACUCGAGCGGGGACUGGAUGGCGCUGCAGUCGGAGCUGGGAAUGAGGGUGGACAGUGGAAUCACGUCGUCCGGGAUUUCCCAGGAUUAUUCUAUCGUCAGUGAGUCCAGUGGAAAGGAGGAAGAAAUUCGGUUGUUGAAGGGCCGAGUGGCGGAGCUGGAGAAGAAGUUGGAAGAGAAGAAAACACCGUCGGAUGAAAGUGCAGCGGAAGCGAGUGAAGAGUCUGAUUCGACGGCGAAGAAAACAACAGUCGAUCCGGUGAAGAUAAAGGCACGCUGUGACGAGUUGGAAGCGAGCAUGGAACAGCUCAGCAAGGAGUACGAAGCGUGCGAAGACUACUGGCAGUCGAAGCUGAACGAGGAGCGGCAGCUGUACGAGGAAGAGCAACGAAUCGCCGACGACAAGUUCAACGAGUUGCUGAAGAAGAUGGCCGAGUACGAGGAACAGUUUGCCGGACAGGCUGGCGGCGGGGGCAGCAGCAGCAAGAGCGAGGACGGACGGCUUUCUCCGAUCGAGGAAAAGGAUGUACUGGAACAGCAGUAUCUGGAUUUGGAAGCGGAAUUCCAACAGGCCCAGCAAAUGCUCGAGGAGAAGUCGCACGAGGUGGACAAGUUUAGGUGUAGAAUAUUGGAACUGGAACAGCUGGUCAAAUAUCCGUCCGAGGCUAUGCUCGCCACCCCACCGCGCAUCGAAACGCCCGAAAUGGAGGAGAGCCCGGCCAGUUCGCCCAUCAGCUACCUCUGGAACCAGAGCACGAUCCAAGCGCCGGCCACGACAACGACCCGCGACUACCAGAACCCGAACUGGUGCCAACCGCUGAAGGUCAGUACCGGCACGACCACACCAACCCAGCAGCAAAGUGAUGAUCCCGCAAAGGACCAGCUUACGGUGCAGGAGGAGGAGCCCGGCUUUAGCAGGACCAUUUCGCCCAUCCAGAAGCCGGCGUCAUCGGUGACGGGCGCCAACUCUACUACUGAUGUGACUUCGUGUGGCGGGGACGCUGGUCAGGAUGUGGGCGACUGCUCGGACGUUUGUUCGGUCAAGUCGGCGAGGAGUACGCACAGCCUGGCUUCGACGCAUAGCAUUCACAAAUCCGUGUCCCAAACGGACGUCGCCAUGGUCAGCCAGGAGCAGUUGAAGCACCAGCGGUUGAUGCAGCUGCAGCUGCAGGACGAGAUUAAGGAGCUGACCCACCAGCGGGACUGUCUGAAGAUGGAGUUCCAGCAGAUGACGGAGGUGAAGCCAUUCCUGUCGCGCAGUUACAACAAGACGGCCCAUCCGAAUCUGACGCAGAAGAUUCAGCAUCUGGAAAACAAGAACCGGCAUCUGAACGGGAUGCUGAAGCAGCAGCAAGCUUACUCCGAGCAGAUAUUGCACCGAAUCUGGCAACACCAGCGAAGUGAAAUCGCUGAAAUGAGCAAUCGACUGGAAGCGCAAAGCAUCGUGAUCGCCGACCAGGCCAAACGGCUCGCCAGCAACGACAUCCUCGUCAAGGAUCUGUACGUGGAGAACACCCACCUGGCGGCGCAAGUGCAGCGACUCGAGCAGCAGAAAGUUCGCGCCACCCUGCUGCAGCAGUACACCCAGGCGGCGACGUCCGGCGGUGGCCACCAUCCGCAUCCGCAGCUCAGCGGCAUCGUGCCCGGUAUGCCCUAAGCGCAAGUGCGCGCGAGGGGAAUUUCUGUUUUAAUGUGUCAUAAUUGUACGAUUUUCUUGUUCGGUUUUUACGUUUUUGCGAGCAUUCAGUCGUGCUUGUGUGGAACAAUUUUUCGAAAGUUUAUCACACUUGAUUGUCAAGUGUCAAGUUUAAAAGGUAACGCGCACCAAAAGAAACGAAAGAAGGCGUUUUAAAAUAUGCUCCUCCUCACUGUCUGUCAGAACGUCUGUGUGGAUUUUUUUUUCUCGUAAAUUGCUUUUCUAUUUAUAUACGAUCCACUCUGAAAUUAUUUAUGUGAACAACGCGUUUCUCGUAGUAUUGUUGGAAACAUCCAAAAUUCUUACAUAUAUAAAAUAUAUACAAUAUUUAUUUUAUACCUGAUUAGAUAGUGAAUACUUGCUUCAGUCUCGUCGAGAAGACAGAACAGAACAGAACAAAACAAACCUAAGAAAAAGUGGCAGAUUGAAGAAACCAAACACUCGUCACAUUUAUACCGCACUUCUGAUAAAUCUGAUUGCAGGCAACUAACUUCUUCUAUCUAAGCACUUUUGCUCUACCAAAAAAUAAAAGAUGUCAUCACAA